CACUUCCCCCUACAGCACAGCUCCAUUCAACGUCAACCCCCCCCCCACCUCCACCACCACCACCGCCACAACCACCACCUCCCACGACCACCACCCAACAUCUCUCUAAUCUCUCCCGGUUCCCCAGCCCCUCCACCUCCGCACCCAUCACGAUGGACCCAUCUGCGGCCAGCAGCGCCUUCGUCCCGACACCGGAGCAAGCCAGCUUCCGCUUCACCAGCUACCGGAGCCCAACGGUGGAAGACGAGCCCGAGCCGCCACGCCCGGCGCGCACCCCGAGCCCGCGUCGCCCGCCCAACACCACCGCCACCGACGACGACCUGCUGCGCAAGUGCCGAAUCUGCUUCGACACGUCUGCGCCACCGUACGAGCCCUCCCCCGAGCUCGGCCGUCUCUUCUCCCCCUGCGUCUGCCGCGGCAGCUCGCGCUACGUGCACACCGUCUGCCUACAAACCUGGCGCGCGACAUCGCGCACCGCCUCCUACACCUGCCCGACAUGCAAGUACCCAUACCGGCUAUCACGGCUGAACUACGCGUCGUGGCUUACAAGCACGUCCACGACCUUCCUCGCGACCAGCGUACUCCUGCUGCUGAUCGUGUGGCUACUCGGCUACGUCUCCGGUCCCAUACUCGCUACGUACCUAGUCGACGUCCCCGACAACCUGGAGCUCCCCGUCCCCCGCGGCGGCUGGGCGGAACACUUCCUGCGCGGCCUGGCGAGCCUGGGCCUCCUCGGCUUCGCAAAGGUCAUGUACAUCGUCGGCCCAAGCAGCUGGCUGAAUAUGCGCGCGAGUGGGAAUCUCGGCGGCAGGGAGAGGGUCAGCAGGCUCACGUGGAUCGUUAUUGCCCUCGGCGUCGCAAACUUCUUCGUCUGGCUAUGGAGACGCGUGGGUGGAUACGUUAAGGGCCGCAUGGAGAGCGUGGCGGGAGACGUGCUCGAUGUGGGUGAGGGCGGCGAUGGCGAUGAGAGAGUCGUCAAGCAGGCGUGGAGCGAGUGGGCUGCUGCCACUGCCGCCCAGGCCUGGGUCACGACAAGGAAUCUGGUGGGGAGGGCGCGGGGCGGGAAUCCGGAGGUGUAGCAGGAGGAGGAUAGAGGAGAGAGCAUCACUGACUCACUGGACUGCUGUCACACUCGCAGCAGCAUCGUGUAAAGAACGUAAGAACGUAAGAGUGUCAAUAUAGUAAUGGCGUUUUAGGGUUUUAGGUUUCACUUCAUUCAUGUCCCGCAUCAUCUACCUACCAAGUAUCUAUCAUAGUAGACAAGCAAAGAACACUGCAAGUAAUCAUCCG